GUGGCCGACUCAUUUGCGGUCGUUAUCACAAUUUUUACAUAUUCAAUUCCUUCCCCUCUAUGUCGUGUCAACAUAGAAGGACAAUAUCACCGAGCGUUUCACAUUCAAAACGCUUAAUCCAUUUCGCGCCAUCGAACCUGAGAACACCCCGUAUAUAGCCGGUAAAUCACGGAAUAAAAAAAACUUCUUAACCAAACGUAUUGUUGUUAUCCCCAUAUGGGUAAUUAGUUUAUCCCUAUCUUAAGUGGCAGGUGUCUCGCUCGAGUUUUAACAAGAAUUUAUUGUAUCAAAUUGCGUGGUUUUUUUCAAAGUCAGUCCUCUAGCAACACUUUAGCUUCCAAACAUAUAAAGCCAUGACACAGGACAAAAAAAUCAUCGUUUUCAAUAGAGGACCGCUCCUCAAAAUCCGAUUCAAAAGGGACUAUUGUGGUUAAUACGUGUUGAUUUCCGUCAACAUACGAAGACACAAAAUUAUGAUAUCUAGCAAACCGUGUUGAUAGUGAAUGAACUUCUUGUGCAAAAUAAAAAGAAAAUAAGAUACGAAACCCAUCGAAAAUGUCAAAAAAACAGUGGUUUGUGGUGCUGUGUCUUUACGUCUUGUAUCUCUUAGCCGGAGCGGCGAUAUUCUUCUUUAUCGAAUCGAGGGAAGAACACAGAAGAGCCGAUGAUGAUAAAGAAGAAAAAAUUGAACUAGAGAAUUUACUAAAAGAACAUUUUCAAGGAAACUAUUCAACUAAAAAACAACUUUUCGAAAAAUUAUCCGGAUACUGCGGUAAACCCCUAGGAAUCAACAUGAGUGAAGAUCCUCCUGACUACAAGUGGGAUUUCUAUCAUUCCCUCUUCUUUGUAAUCACCGUAGUAAGCACUAUAGGGUAUGGUAAUUUAGCUCCUACAACAAUGUUUACACGAAUUUUUAUGAUUUUUUAUGGACUGAUUGGCAUUCCAAUGAACGGUAUCGUUAUAUUUACACUUGGUGAAUUUUUUGGCAAAUCGUUUACAAAAUUGCAUGCCCGCUGGAAGAACUCGAAGCUAGAGGCCAAACUGGAUUACGAUGUUGCCAAAUUAGGCCUGAUUGGACAAGUUAUCUUGUACUUGAUACCCGGAUUCACCUUCUUUAUAUUCCUACCUUCUACUAUUAUGUCGGUGUUUGAGGGAUGGGAAUAUGACAUCUCUGUAUAUUAUUCCUUCGUAACACUUACGACAAUUGGAUUUGGAGAUUUCGUGGCAGGUGCACAAGACACUUUUGGAUUCGGCAACUUGUAUUUCGUCUAUCAACUUUUUUUGCUGGUAUGGAUCAUAGGAGGAAUGGGCUACGUCGCCAUGAUCUUAAGUUAUAUAACCAACGCGAUGCGUAGUAAGCGAGUUAUUAAAAUAGAACGCCUUCUAGCCGACAACAUCAAAAACACGCCUAAAAGAAUCAGAACUGAACUUAGAAGCCUUCUGCACGAACUACUUUUCUUGAGAGUCAAACCAGUUUACAAAGGAGAAUUCGAAUACGUUCCCAGUAUACUGGAGAGAAGCCAAAGCUGCCCGGAGUUCUCAAUUUAUAAAGAAGCAUCUCCCGCAACUCUACGUAAACGAGCAAUGUCCGAAUGCUACAAGUCCACUCCAUUAGCCAAGGUCCAAUCUGACACAGAACUACAGAAAAUAGACAAGGAAAUGACCUUUAGACCUACAUCUGAACUACUGGAACAGACCGGUUUAUUGUUCAAAGUCGUUAAUGCUCUAAGUUGUGAAUCUUUAAACAGACAAGGCUUAGAGGGGGGUAUUCAUUGUUUCUCGGACAGUGAGGUAUUGGCAAGUGAAUACUACGAACCGGGAAUCACUCAGGUAAAACCUAAGAAGCGCAGAGCUAUCAGCGAUGUCAGACCUCCAAGUCGAUUAGUGAACGAAGCUAUCAACGGAAAUACGUGGUAUGGAGGUGAAGCUGCGGCAGCUGCAAAAACGCUUAAAGAGUUUAAAAAGAGACAAAGAGCCAGGUCAGUGUUUCAGGUUAAGAAACCCGAGAAAGAAAACGUGUUUCAAAGGAUUCGAAACAGAUUGUUAUCAAGGGACGAAUCAAGUCAUCAAGACAUUGAAAAGCAGAAGAUUCCUGAUGAGUUUGAGAAAGCUUGCCUUGAUGUUCCAAUGAGUACAUAUGGCAGAAGGGGUUCCAUGCUGUCUAGUGUUAUAGGCAAUGUGCAAAACGCUCAAAGGGAUCACAUAUUGGAGCAAACUUCUAUAGCUGACUUUAUCAGGGCUUUAUCGGCUAUAACCACAACAGAUACAUUGGAGAAGGAAGAAUCCACCAGCCAAGUUCCGAAAAUGAGAAGACACGGUAUCAUAGCAACUCCAAGUCGAAGGUCGUCGUUGAUACCCAACACAACUCCGCCAGAAGUUCGUACGCAACGUCGGUUCUCUUUAAGGCCAGCUGACGAAAAUAUCCUUAAUCAUCCAGUGAAAAGAAAGGAUAAAAUGAGAAAAAUCUCGGUGGCGUUUCAAGACGAUAGAAGAAAUUCCUUAAUACUGGAAGCGACUCCUUCUAUUCCACCCACUUUAACAGAACAUGAACUGUUCGCACCUGCGGAAACUCGGUGCAAAAAAAGUUCUGCAACUGCGGCACCAACAGUGGAGGAAGCCGCAGGCCCACCCCCAUAUUCGCUAUAUCCGCUUGAAAGAAAGAGGUUUACUGUAAGGCCAGUGAAUUUAAGUACUUCAGUGAUUACAAGUCCUAUUCAAAAACAGUUGCAUAAACGAGACAGGACAGAUAGUUUUAGUAAAGAUAGUAAAUAGAAUUUUAUUUUAGCAUAAAAACUGAAUAUUAUAAGCUUUUAGAUUUUUUUAAGUAGUAACUUGUCGCUGUGAUCUAAUUAUUAUCUCUAUACAUAUGUACAGUUUUAGUAAAGUUGACAUUUGUUUUUAAGUAUAAGAUAGCCUGUAUCAGGUUGAUAUACAACUGCAUCAGCUAUACUUUGUAAAUAUUGGAACAUAUUUUCGUAGUCUCGAAUCAAUGUUUGUAUGACUAAGCCAGUAAUAAAUCAGGAAAACUAAUGAGUAGAGAGAGAUGGCCGAUUCUGCAUCCUCCUCCCGCGCAGGAUGUGCCGUCAUCAGUGAUGUCAUCAGCUAGGAACAGUUAAAAUAGGUUAAUAAACAAGAAUAAACAGGUUUGAACCGCUUUGCACCGCUUUAAAUCAGAAAUAAACGGGUUUGAACAAAAAAUUAACAGAUCUGUUGUUUUAAGCUAAAAGCGGUUCAAACAUGUUUAUUCUUGUUUAUUAACCUAUUUUAACUGUUCCUAGCUGAUGACAUCACUGAUGACGUCACUUCCUGCGCCGGGAGGAGGAUGCAGAAUCGGCCAUCUCCCUCUACUCUAAUGAAAACUGCCAGUUUAUAACACAUAAAAAAUGAUAUUAUAUUUAAUAAAUAUAUUUUUUUCAAACGUCACAAAAGUAUUAAUUUUUGCUACAUGAUUGGCAUUAUAAAGGGGUCAUUUAACUACUAGGCAUAAAAGUAACGCAGUAACGCACUUUUACGCCUCAGCACAAUAUAAUAGUACAAAAAUUAUUACCUAUUAGACUAACAUUAAAGUCAAGUCUUUAUGACUUAAUUCUAUAUUUUUUAUUUAGAUCACGAUGAUCUGCGAGUUAGCAAAAUGACUUAAAUCAAAGUACCGUCAAGUCAAGACAGCCAAAAUUCAAUUUAAGUAUUUGUAGAAGACUUAUUAAAGUCCGAUAUCAGGAUAAAAUUAAAAUAAUUUCCAAAACGCCAUGUAUAAAUCCAAAGAAAGAUAAGAUCUUACAAAGAAUUUUACAAGCACCGCCAUUAAUUACGAAGUGGAGAGGAAAAAUUAAUAUCGACUUGUUUGAUAUGUAUGACCUCUGUGUACGUCUAUGAAUACUUUAAUUUAGUUCUGUGCUUUAAAUGUUGUGGCUUCGGCCCUGUAUCAAAAUAUUGUAAAGAACGAGAAUGUUGCAAUAAGUGUGCCAAAAAUUAUCCAUCUAUAGAGUAUCAACAACCCAAAUAUAUAUGUGUUAAUUGUAUAAAAUUUAUAUAGCACGGCAUAUAAAUCAAUCGGCAGGCUAACUCGCUUUGGCGGGAACGCUACGCGCAUAUCCUCGCGCACGCCGCCAUUUGCGUUUCCAUCAGCAGAAAGUAACCAGUGUCGUAGUUUUUUCAGCGACAACACAUAGUUACGGCAGAUUCGAGUCAGUAGCGUGCGGCUUAAUUUAUUUUGUUUUUUUCUUGAGUGA